AUGAGCGCGGCAUCGCUGCCAGACCGCGGCGAACGGGCGCUGAGCGUGAUGGACAGUGUUCCUGUAGGAUUCGACUACUAUACGGCUUUGCAGAAGGCCUGGUCUCGCACUCCGGAGCGGCCGCCAAGUCUGCCGCCGCUCGCCACGGCGUCGGAGGUGAAUCUCAGCGACAUCGACGAAAUGCUCUCUGGUGACUCCGACUACGAGGAGCUGCGCCCACCGGUACCCCUGGGGCUCAUGAUUAGCUACUUCACUGUGGACUGGCGUGAUAGCGGGCUGUACGACGUUGUACAGCGACGAGAGGAGUCAUUGUCGCAGCAAUCCCAGAAGACGAAACCGUAG